GUAAUCUAGUGAGACUCCCCACGGGGAUAGAUCGAUCUAAAAUGUAUGGGAAUACGCCCUAAGAGAGACAGAUACUGAAACAUUACUUAAACAGAAAUAUGUUGGUAGAAACGAAUGUGCUCUGGUGUAAUAGUGCCUCUCUGUGGUUUCUUAACAACGGACUUUAUCAAUUAAGUAUUCCACUUAAACUAUUUGACAAAUACCGACACCCAACUGCGGAAUGCUAGUUUAGUUGAGAGGAAAUUGUUGGUAUCAUAGAAAUAUUUUAUUCAUGGCAGAUAUUAAGUUUCAGUGGAUUAAAUCAUCUGAUUUCUGUGUCCAGGGUGUAGGUUCUAUAUCUCAAAUGACUUUGUCAAAUCUGACGUAUUGCCUAGCUUAUAUUAGAAAAGUAGCCUAACUAACAAACCUGAGCGUCAUUACUAGCAUGCUGUUGAUGAGUCACUAGUAAGGACGGGUGAUUUUUGCAGUAUAGACCAGAACUCAGAGAUUGCUAUGGAUUAAGCCAUAUAAUGUCAUUUGCCAGGGUAUCAGGCUUAUAUCUUGUUCCUAGAUGUCAAAUAUGAAAGAUUGGCUGCUUUAUUAUAUAUGAGCGACUGACAAAUUGGACGUCUGUAUAAAGGUAUUGGAUUUCUGCGAUGAGCCACAGAUUACGAGUUACAGCGAGUGUAACAGUGUCAUAUAAGCCAGGUCCACUACAUCGAGAGAAGCCACCUCGCCUGUGAUAAAGUCGCCCCCGAUGGACAUAUAUGCAGAGAUCUGGCAGCGUGAGAACUCUUCUGAGACUCAAUAUCGGUUGACGUGAGACAGCGCAGCUGAGUGAUUUUACUCCGCACAUAAAUGAGCCAUUCUCCAUAAGGUGGAUAUUGAAAUACAGCCAUCGAGUUAUUUCACAAGCGAUUGGCUACUUAAAGAGAUUGAUGCAUGGGCAAAUAACCAGAUGGUAGAUUCGAUCUUUCUCUCUCUUUCUCUGUCUCUCUGUGGUAUCCUAUUGGAGCACGUUACCGCGCUGCGCGCGGUGCAUUGACAUGUAGAAAUAUACAGAAACGUAGGGAGCCCUAGUAAGGAGUGGAUCAUUUAGAAGUUUUUUCCCCAUAAUACGUUCUGUAUGCAUGCCAAUAACAUGGGUACCACCGAGGAAAAUUACAUUUCCUGCAUUGCACAUUAAGAUUUCAUAGGAAUUGCAUCACGAUGGGCGCCAGUGGAUACCUUAAUUAAGUGCAUACUAAUUUGCAGUCAAGAAAACAAUACACGACUGGACUAGAAAUAGACAGCGAUCAGUUGGUUAAAGCAGUAAUCAUCCCUAUUGUGACUGUGGUAUACUUUACGCCAUCAUUGUUCUUCGUUGCCAUAGAAAGAAACACUCGCUCAUUAUGGCAGCGUCUGGACGAGCAGGACGUUCACAUUCGAAGGCUACUCCCAAUUUUGCUUCCCCCGGAGUGCAGGGGGACGUCUGGCAACACAAAGAUAAGAGUGACCCGGAUACAUCCCUCCGUCUUCGAGUAAUGCCGGAACAAAGCAAUGACUACCGUGUGGCCGUCUUCGGCGCAGGCGGCGUGGGCAAGAGCUCCUUAGUCCUACGAUUCGUACGGGGUACAUUCCGGGAGAGUUACAUUCCAACUAUUGAGGACACAUACCGCGAAGUGAUCAGUUGCAAUAAGCAAGUCUGUACAUUACAGAUUACAGAUACAACGGGCAGCCAUCAAUUCCCGGCCAUGCAGAGACUUAAUAUUAACAAGGGACACGCUUUUAUAUUGGUCUUCUCAAUAACGAGUAGGCAAAGCCUGGAAGAACUUAAACCGAUUUACAACGAAAUCAGGGAAAUUAAAGGAGAUCUUGAAAACGUCCCAAUAAUGCUAGUUGGCAACAAAUGUGAUGAGUCUUACAGAGAGCUACCUCAGGCAGAGGGGCAGACUCUCGCUAGGGCCUGGAAUUGCCAUUACAUGGAGACAUCUGCCAAAACGAACCACAACGUGAAAGAACUGUUCCAGGAGUUGCUUCAAAUGGAGACCAGGCGAGCAAUGAGCCUCACGCCGCUCGACACAAAGAAAACAAAAUCACAGAAACGAAAGGAAAAACUGAAGGGGAAAUGUACGAUAAUGUGAUAAGCGGUUGUGUGAUAGCUGUGACUUAGAUAAUGCAGAUUCGAACUGUUUUUGUGAGCUGUGGAGCCACGAAGCGGACAGAGUGCCGUUUCGAACGACCAAACGAAAAUGGUGUGAAUUUGCAUCAAUAUUUGGUGCUGAUAGAAAAUGGAACAUGUCCCGAUUGUCAUCAAUGAUUUUCAGAUCGGUCUAUACAAAGAAAUCCAUCCAUUUUUAGGCACCACAGACUCUGAGCACCCCUUUUUUUCCUUUUUGUAUUAUGGUCAGCCACCAUCGAUCAUCGCCGUAUAAUUUGUAGCAUUCCCAGGCUUAGGGUUUUCCUAUAACCGAAGGCCUCUUGGCAAUAAGUACGUCAUGCUCAGUCCUAUUUUGUAGCACUCCAAUUCAGUUAUCGAUCGCCGGUUACCCAAAGCUGGUUGGUUUUGUUAACGUUCCCAAGGUCGCUCUUCAAAACCGUGGGCUGCAUGCACAUGUGCGUUAAGCUGCAUACCAUCCAACGCUCGUGGGAAAAAUUUUAGAGGGAAUGAAACACUUAUACAAUUAGAAGUAUAAAAUACAGGUUUUUAUGUAGUUUUUUUACAACUGUGCACAUUUCAUACAGCGAUCUUUAAAUUAUUUCCAGUUAGGUUUCCUUUGUAAAUCCGUUUCCAUAUUAUUCACAAACCAACGUCGAAAUUCUUUUUCAUGGUAGGCAUAUACUCAACUUCAUCGUGCCUAUUACCAAAGUUGAAUAUACAUAAUAUGUAGCUUAUAAUGUAGAUACACGUAACAUCACUAAGGCAGUUACAGAAAAACAUAAAACAUGUCUAUUUCGAACACACAUCUUUUAAAUGCAAAGGGCAGAAGUCUAAAACAGCGGUAAAACAAGCUCCUUGAAAAUCCCUAUAAAAGAGAGGCUAGUAUCAUUUGUACAUAUCAAUGAUUUAUAAAAAACUGUUGCUCGUCAUAUACCGAAUCAACGAGAUCAAAUUUCUCUCUGAAUUUAAUUGACAUUGAUGUGACUCGAAGUCUAUACAUCAAACUCCUACGUGAAUCUCUUUAUUCGGGGAAAGCCUCGGAUUACGAGGGUAUCGCAAGCAACGAGCGAGCAAAAACCUCAAAUCAAUGCGACAGCUUGUCUUACCACGGGCAAUGUGAACAAGCUGCAAUAAGCUUGAUUGUAGUAUUUGCUUUGAACAUACUCCUUUUGCUUAUGGCUAUGAUAAAACAAAGGAAUUUUUGUGUUAUUAAUGAUAAAACAGGUAUUUGCGUGUCUGUGUGUGCAGAAAAGGAGGUAUAUUUACAGGUCGACAUUGCUUGAGAAAGCCAAUAGAUAACUAUAUACGGUCUAUUUUUAAAUAUUGAAAUACGAUGUUUUGUUAUCUAGACAGUUAUAACUAAAUGUUGUUCACAGUGUAGACACUGGAUUAUUAAAAGCGGUUCUUGUUAAAUAAUUUCACAUGUAAUCCACUACAAAUGUUGGAUGUAGGACAUUUAAUCACAAUAUCUUGACGUUAUUGCUAUGGUUUCAACAUUAACAUUGGAUUGCAAAAAGUGCAAUUAAUCAAGAUAUUUAAUUUGUCGCCAAGUGCAGGUCGCUUGGGCCUUAAAAUACAAAUAAGCAUAAUGUUAUUGUAAGGAGUAAAUGUUAAUACAUAUUAUGUGCUGUGUAUGUAUGUAUGUAUGUGGAAGUCACAGUCGUCUUUGUAAUCUGUCCCACAUGAUUUAACUCCAAACGUAUUACAGCAGAGAUAAUUGCUACAAAAACUGAAAAUGCCAUCUAAGAGAUGGAUGGGUUUAAAGCCGUUUUAAGCUAGGCCAGAUUAUCUAUGCACCGAUUCUACUAUUAUCAUAUGACUAUAUUCUAAUAGUAACAUAUUUGAUGUAUCAUUCAAUAGCGAUUGAGUUAUAUGCUUGUCUUAUAUAAAGAAACUGAAAUCGCGUGUAACAAAGUUUUUUCCCCGAAAACCCUUAGUUCAAGUGUUACUGUCAGCCUUAUUGUCGUGUAAAGAUUGUUUUGAAAACUACCAGAAAUCAAUUAAGUAAAAAAAGAACGAUAUUAUUAUUGUCAUGUCUUAAAUGCCAAACCAUUUCCUAUUUUCAUUGUAGUAUGUUUUUAAGCACGAAUCUGAAAUGCCGUGCAUUUUUUCUUUGUUUUGCGUUAUCCAUGUUGUAUUUUUUGUCAAAAAUUAUCGUA